CAACACGAUGUUUGUUGUUGGGCGCGAAUGUAAUGUUGUAAAACUUUAUUUUUGAUAGUAAUGGAAAAUCGUGACGGUAAAUGCGCAUUUUGUCUCUGGGAAUUUUACUAUUGGCUUUGUAGAUUCUGGGGAAUUAUCACCGCAAUUGCACUAUGGGGAAUCAGUGUGGAAGAAGCUUUUUAUGGUCGAUAUGUUGGAUUCAUUCUUUUAAUAGAAGCUGUGAUCGUGACUUCUCUAGAGGUUGUGUUUUUCAUUGAUAUUUGUGUGAAAAUAUUUAAAAGUAAUGAUGAUGAUGAAGAAUCUGUGUCCUGUUGUCUUAAAAUGUGGGCGUGUGUUUUGUGGCUGGACAAUUGGAAGAAAGGAGUUUUUUAUUUGCUUUUAGCAGUGCCUUGUUUUAUAGAACCUAAUGAUGCCUGGCUAGCCAUUAUAUCAGGUGUUAUGCUGAUAAUGAGUGCUAUAUUUUAUGUAAUAAAAACCUUUGGGAGCAUGAAUGAGGACACUCAUCAAAAACUACCACAGGAAACAACAUAUGAUAGGUUUGAUGAUAUUCAGGAAGACUUGGAAGAUAACAUAUUAAACCCAAUAGAUGAUGGAGCGGUUGUGUGUGUAGCUGAUCAACAGGAGAUCUUGGAACUCUGAAUGAAUGUCACAUCUUUACAUUGUGCUAGAUUUCAUAAUCAAUUUCUAUUCACAUGGCAUUCCUUUUGCAUGUGUGUUCAUCAAAUACUGGUUGGUUACCUCCCUUGUUAGUGCUAGAGUCUGUUGUGUGCUUGAUGGCAUUAUCAUUUUGUGAUUUUUUGUGAGGAAGUGUGACAGUUUGAUUUCUGAUUCGAUACAAUUCAGAAACAAACAUUACAAUUUUGCUUUAAUGCAAUCAGCUCUUAUGAUAAUAUUUUAUUUAAAUAUGGUAUCCACAUAAACUUUGGGACAUUUUACUACAGCUGGACAUUUGAUGUUCACAUUACAAUUCUUUGUCACUGGAUUUAAAUGUGAUUUGAUCACAGUAUUGUUUCCAUUAACGACUUUAUGUUAUUACAAGUUGUACACAUUAUUAGUAGUGUGAAAAGUAUUGCAUUCAUCCCUGUCAUAUCAAAUAUAUUAAUCAUGGGCUUAGAACAAAAUCUAUUAUUUGAAAUAUUAUAACAAAGGCAACCUUUUGUUUGAUGCUUUAAUUAUAACAUUAAUUGUAUUUUAAAAUGAUCUGCAAGAUAAUUAGAGGAUAUUUAAUGGUUUCUCGUUUAAUGUCAUAUAUAUUUCACAAGUAUGACAGAAUAUCUAUUUCAUGUUUGGGAAGCACAAGAGAAAAAUAUAGAUGUAUUGUCUAUCGAGGGAAAAAAAUGUAUAUGAUUUUCAUUUUUAUUAUAUUUUUAAAUGAAAUACAUGUAAAAAAGAAAGCUGACCCUAUUCAACCUAUGCUUCAUUUGCAUCCCAACAGGAAAAUCUAUGAAUUUCGAUGCAUUGACUAGAAAGCACUGUUCUUGUUGGUCAAAAGUACAAAAUGAUGUCAUCAUUAGAAAAGUUAAUGAUGAUAUUGGGUUGUCAGAUUUCUGAUGUCAUCAUUACAAUGAUGAUGAGUUUUAAUUUUUUAUCGACUUGAUGAAUUCCUAUAUUUUGAUAGCAAAAAUGUAAUAAAUAGGUAUGCAACAAGACAUAAAGUGAAUACAGAAUUCCAAUAAAUACAUCGUUUGAUUGCUGUAUUAUACAUAUAGUGAUAAAUCAUUUUAUCAACAUAUCUUUCAAGAUCAAAUGAAUAUCAAGCAUUUUGAUUUUGAUCAUUUGGUGAAAUUUCAUUUCUGCAGGGAAAAAAGGUUUCAAAAAGGUCCUGAUGUACAUAAAGUUUUCUCCAUCAGAAGGUUAGUUGUUAUAGUUCCCAGUGGGUAUGCAAACUAGAUUGAAAUAUUGUUUUCUAUGUGGUGUUGUAAAAUAUCAGGGUAAACUCUGUAAGAUUAAGAAGUAAUAUCAUUAUGGAUGUCAUUCCUCCCCAGAGCUAAAAUGUUCAUUUUGAUAGUCAGUGAGAUUUCAUGAAUUUGAAUUUGAUAAAAUUUUGUGUUUUCAUGUACAAUUUAUUAUUUUUUUAAUUUUAAGUAUUAUGUAAAUUUAAGGAAAUUUUACGUAAAGAACAGUGUUUUUUUCAGU